AUGGGUCAUGACGUGAAUGACGUCAUCAAAAUUAGGUGCUGUGCAGCAGACGAAUGUUAUCCAUCGCAACCAAAAGUUGCUUCUCUGAAUAAAAAAUUGAAAGGCAGAGUUGUUCUUCCGCAUAUGUACGAGUACAUCAACCAGUCACAUAUGUACAACACAAAUGAACAGAGGUAUCCAAGUAUAGUGAGUAUGGUAAACUCAAAGGAGGACAUAAAAGAAACAAUCCUGUUUUCUCGAAAGUACAACUUGCACGUGACAAUUAGAAGUUCAGGUCAUAACUAUCUUGAUCAAACCUACAAUCGAACCAUUGUAGGCGGAAGUAGCCAUACAGUGACACCUGGUGGGUAUACGCUGGGCGGAGGACACAAUCCAAUCUCAAGGUCACUUGGAUACGCAGUUGACAAUGUUCUUGAAGUCCAGGCUGUCUUAGCAGACGGUAGAAUAGCAACGUGUACAGAGUCAGGUUGCAAACUUGAAGAACUUGAUGGCUCAACGUCAACAGACAACGGGGAUUUAUUUUGGGCAAUGCGUGGUGGUGGAGGCGGGACUUUCGGAGUGGUGGUUUAUUUUGUUUUCAAAUUGCACCCAAUGCCUUCGGGGAUGGUCAUAGUGAAUACAUGGAUGCCUCUAAAAAUAGACCAAUAUGAUAUAGACGUCUGCGGAAAGCUUUUAUCUGCUCUUGGUAGCCUAGUAACUUCAAUGCCAAGGGAAUGGAGAGGCUAUUAUAUACUAAGAAAUAGCAAAAAAAUACAUCAAGGUAUCACAAUGACUGGGAGUUUGCAGUUGGCAAUGAACAAGUUUGGUCCUUGGGAUGGUACAGAAGAGAAUGUUUUUGAAGAGUUCAUUAACAUUGGUAAACAGCUUCAAAUCAAUGUGACAUUCACUAAUAUAAGCAGUUUCUGGGAAUAUGAGAAAAAACGUGAUUAA